GACGUAGCCACAAUUGGCGCACGCGCACCAGCUUCUCCAUGGCUGCUGUGCGGUUUCUCUGCCGCCUAGCUAGGCCGGUGUACUUCAGACGCUCUCUUUCCGCCGGAGGAGGGUCGGUUCGAUUCCUUGCGGGCCCGCUCUGCGCCUUGCCUACCCGCACCUGGAACCAUGACCCGCCUCGUCCGUCGCGCCAAAGCACGCGGCCCGUGGGGACGCUCUCCGCGGCGGCCUUGGUUCGAGCUGCUCCCGGCCCUCUCCAGCCUUACCUGCGCCUCAUGAGACUGGACAAGCCCAUUGGGACGUGGCUGCUGUAUUUGCCCUGCACUUGGAGCAUCGCCCUGGCAGCGGAACCAGGCUGUUUGCCAGCCUGGGACAUGCUGUUACUCUUCGGCACUGGCGCGAUCCUGAUGCGUGGAGCAGGCUGUACAAUUAAUGACAUGUGGGAUCAGGACUAUGACAAAAAGGUUACAAGAACAGCAAGCCGUCCUCUAGCAGCUGGAGAGAUUUCAAGAUUUCAAUCCUUGGUUUUUCUUGGAGGACAGCUUAGCUUGGCUUUAUGUGUCUUAUUAUGUUUAAAUAAUUACAGUAUCAUUUUAGGAGCCUCCUCUUUAUUGCUCGUAGUGACUUAUCCACUUAUGAAGAGAAUAACAUACUGGCCACAGCUUUUCCUGGGUCUUACCUUCAACUGGGGAGCCUUACUUGGGUGGUCGGCUGUCCAAGGCUCUUGCAACUGGUCUGUUUGUUUACCCCUGUACUUCUCAGGGGUUUUAUGGACAUUGAUGUAUGACACGAUCUAUGCUCAUCAGGAUAAAAGAGAUGAUCUCACCAUAGGUGUGAAAUCAACGGCACUCCGGUUCAGUGAAAACACCAAGCCGUGGCUCAGUGGUUUCAGCGCCCUGAUGCUUUUGGGACUUACUGUGACAGGAAUAAAUUGUGAUCAGACGUUCCCAUAUUAUGCAGCUGUGACUUCCGCAGGAAUCCACAUGGCUCAACAGAUAUACACUUUGGACAUAAAUAAUUCUGAAGAUUGCUGGAAAAAGUUUUCUUCAAACCGUACAGUAGGACUCUUGCUUUUUAUAGGGAUUGUACUCGGAAACUUAUGGAAACAGAAAAAUGCAGAAAAAAAACCUUUAGAUAUUAGCUAAUGCAGAAGAAGUUUAUACUGUUUUACAGGUAGGGAAUAGGCAGAAGUAAAAAGAAAAAGCCGGAACAAUUUCAGUCAAUAUUUUCCUUAUGUUUAAAUGUUGGUUGACAUGACCAUAUUGUAAAAGAUGAUAUAUAUUUGUUAUGAAUAAACCUUGAAUCGCUCCAA